GGAAGGCCUAAGUCCUUGUAAGUCUUCAUCGAUUCAGUAAUUGAAAUUUCCUGUUGUUCUCCACAAAAUAAAUAUUUUACAGAAAGUUCUUAAAAAGCAACUUACUCAAAUGCCAAGCUCAAGAAUGGAUAUUUAUAUAACAAAGGGAAUUACCAACCCCAACUAUCCCGGGUUUCAGAAGUUUGCCCAUACCCUUUCUGAUGACUACAUAGAGUACUCUGACAUGGAGUGUAACGAAAGUGAUUUGACGGAUAGUGACAGAGAGGAUGACCAAAACACGUUCCAAAGUAAGGCCGCCGACAAACCAGCUUCGAAAGCAUUUGAAAAUACCCAAGAUUUGGCAUUGAGCAAUUGUGGCAAGAUUGCUCCGGACAACGGAAACACAAGUUCAUUUGAAGAAACCAGAAACAGAUCGUCAUCCCCCAAUGUACCGGAUAUUGUAAAUAAGAAUUAUAGUGGGACUUCAGCUUCGAAUAAGCCCGACCUCAUUUACAACCUGAGUCAGAACUAUUCGACUAAUUCAGAAUUUUCUCCCUGGUCAUGUACAAAUAAUUCUAAAUAUGAGGGCCAGCUGCAGGGACAAAGUCCGAUUGAUAUAGUUGGCGAUUUUGGUGGGGAGGUGGAGCGGGAAUUCGAACUACUUAUCACUGGGUACAAGAACAAGAAAACCCCAAAUGGGCUACAGGGACCAAAUUUGACAAAGGUAUGCGAUGCGGAGCUAUCCAAUGGCACGGAAGCCAUAAAGCAUACAGCCUCAACUCGAUUGUCUGGAAAUAGCACUCGCAAAAAUAAAAAGAAAAACACUCCAUACGGGCAUGAGUUGGUGAAAACUAAGCAUCAAAAGUCGUCACAUGAUGAACGACAGCUUCCACCGGACACCUUCGACUAUAAAACAUGUACCCAACGAAAAUAUGCACUUUGUGAUUCUGAAAGUUGUUCGUCCGUUUCGGAGAAAAACAAAAAUGAUAUUCGAAAUAUCAAUCAGGGUGAAAUGCCGAACUUGAGCAGUUUGGAGAUCGGCCAAAGCCAGCAGCUUAUCGAGGAAGACAAUAAGAAGGUGGCAAACCGAAGGUACUUAAACCAAGCAUGCUGGUCCCAGUACUUGGAAGACCCGAUAAAGUACUCCAAAGAUCCAUCUGCAACCAUGGUCUUAGAACAAUUUGAUGCAUACAAAGUAGCUAAUGAUAUGGACGUGGAAACAUUGCAAAAUCACUUUAAAAAGGUUAAGCAAAUAGAAAAAAAGCGCCGCUUUAACCGAGAUGAAAUUCGUAAGAGAUUGGCGAUCGGAGAUAAAGAUUCUUUAAAUAAUGAUAUUAAAAAAGAGGAAUUUCUUACCGGCUCCGACAAUGAAAGCUAUAGUUCCGAUUCCGAAACAUGUCCCAAGUUAUCAAGUGGAUCACUUCGCAAGCAAUCUGAUUUCUGUGAAACAAAACGCAAUAAGGAAUUCGAAAACGAUAAAAUCUUUCAGAAAAACCAAAUGAACCAAGAAAAGACCAUUAAUCAAUUGGUUAAUGGUAACCCCGUAGAACAACACGAUUUUCCAUCAAUGGAAAACUUGUUUUUCUUUGCAAAUCAAUCAAAGCUCCAAAUAGAGGUUAGAAUAGCCCUAGCUCAAUCGAAGGAAAUAGCCCAAAUGAAAGUAAAGGCCAAGAAGCAUGGUGUAACACCAAUUGUGGAAGUAAUUCGUUCAAUGCUGUGUGAUGUGGGAAUAAAUAUGGAUUCGAAUCAUCGGUGGAUAUCAAGACAGUUGCUCACUGGAAUUCACGUGCCGACUCUACAGUUACUGGUCAAUAAUCUUCAGAAAUAUAUUGAAAACUUAAAUGUCACUCUACUAGAAAGCCUUAAGGAACGAGACGAUCUUAAUUCGGACCAAGAUGAUAUACUACACGAUCUGGAGAAAAUAAAUAAUUUUUUUGUUUUUCAACAGCAAUCUGGACAUCAAGUCAAUAAAAUAGUUAGACAUGGCCUUCUUAAUUAAUCACUCUAAAGCUGCAAGGUAUAUAACAAAUUUGUUUAAAUAUAUUAUAAUCACUUGUAUAAUUGAUAACAAUUUACCGAGACCGUUUAUAAAACACAUACUCAAAAAAUGUUCUUUAAACACUGUUAUAUUUAUGUAAUCAUUUAAUACAAUACAAAUAAAAGCAAAAACAAAUUAUUUAUAUUAAUACUAAACAGAAUUAU